GGCGAGUGGGCGAAGGUACGGGGCUCAAAACGGGUGGACGGAGUCCAUUAGCAGACGGAUGAGGAUGUGUGCGCGAUUAUAUACGUCGCCCCCUGUCCUCCCGCCUCCCGCCCCCGUCGCGGUCCACUCAAUAAUGCAUCACACUCCUCUAUCCGACUACUCGGUCUCCGGUCCAGCACGUAUGACCACUCGGGAAGUCUCUUCCUUGCCAGCGGCCCACCUCAUCCGGUCCGCACCGUCACCACCCUCCCGGCCGGCUUGCACGGCACCGCGGGUGCUUAUUACUACCGUGGCUUUGAUUUGGGUGGGAGGCUCCGACGAUGGGGAAGAAGAGGGAGCGGCCGCAGCAACGUGUCUUUCAAAGAGAGAAGCGAGAACAAGUCUCAGUGUCUGCACGAGCGAUCCCAGAGCGGCCGGGCACGACCGACCAUUGUUAAUUCCUGGCUGCUAAUUAUGGAAAAAUACGGCAGUCGCUCCGCGCUCGAAGAUCGACCGCAUAUAACGACAGCGGAAAACCAUUAACGUUCCUGCUGUUUGGUUUUAGACUCGGCGCGGUAACGGAUGUCUCUGGAAAAUUUAAUCGAAACACUUGCCAGUCUCGACGUUCGCACUAAAAACAACGGUGCGCUUGGUAUUGAAAAACACAUUCGUGAUUAUCAUAUAAUUGUCUAAUACUUAAUUAAAGGAUUGAAUGUGAUAAUAAAUUUUUUGAGAAUGA